GCCCGGAGCCAUGUCGGUGAACAUGGACGAGCUGCAGCACCAGGUCAUGAUCAACCAGUUCGUGCUGGCCGCGGGCUGCGCGGCCAACCAGGCGAAGCAGCUGCUGCAGGGCCACUGGCAGUUCGAGACUGCCCUGAGCACGUUUUUCCAAGAAACCAACAUUCCCAACAGCCACCACCACCACCAGAUGAUGUGCACCCCAAGCAACACACCUGCCACACCGCCCAACUUCCCUGACGCACUGGCCAUGUUCCCAAGCUCCAAGCUUCGUGCCUCCGAGGGCUUGCAGGGCAGCAAUAGUCCCAUGACGGCCGUGGCCUGCUCCCCCCAUGCAAGCUUCAGCCCCUUCUGGGCCUCGUCCCCACCCAGCCACCAGGCCGCCUGGAUCCCGCCCUCCUCCCCCACGGCCCACAGCUUCCACCACCUCCACCACCCACAGCCCACGUGGCCCCCCGGAGCGCAGCAGGGUGGCGCCCAGCAGAAAGCCAUGGCUGCCAUGGAUGGCCAGAGAUGAGACUGGAUGCUGCCGGGCGCUGGGCUGGAGCUGGGGCGGGGGGGGGCAGUCCAGGGUCGUGGGG